GGGGGGGGGAAAGGGAGGGAGGGGGAGAUCCGACCCCUAUGGUUGGUUUCAUUCUGUUUUUCCUGCAUGGCCUCACUCGGAUCCUCUUCCAAGGAAGCUUCAGUGGGCUUACCCCUCCCCCCACGUCCCAUUAAAUGUCUUAUCCUCAUAACAACCCUGCGAGGUAGGCCAGCUGGCCUCAUUUUCGCCUGGAAGAAGCUGGCCUGGUCUGGAGGCAUCGAAUUGGAGACUCUGCUUGGAGUUCAGAUUGGGACCUCAGAGAAUCAAACUGUCCCAGCCCCACCAUGUCUCUCUCGGAGUGUUACAUUGCGGUGAAGCUGGCCGACCAACCCCUGGCUCCCAAAUCCAUCUUGCGGCUGCCGGAAAGCGAGCUGGGCGAGUGCCCGCUGGGGGGUUGCAGCAUCUCCUACCUGAAACAGCUCAUUACGGGAAAGUUACAGGAAUCCAUCCCUGACCCAGAGUUCAUUGAUCUGAUCUAUUGUGGCCGGAAACUGCGGGAUGAACAAACGCUCGAAUUUUACGGGAUUCAGUCCGGCUCCACCAUCCACGUCCUGCGAAAAUCCUGGCCCGAACCGGAGCAGAAACCAGAACCGGUGGAUAAAAUGGCGGCCGUGAGAGAGUUUCGCGUCUUACACACGGCCUUACACAGCAGCCCCGUCUUCAGAGAUUCGGUCUUCAAGAUGUUAGGGAAUAAGGAAUCCCUCGAUCAGAUCAUUGUCGCCACCCCCGGCCUCAGCAGUGAUCCCAUCGCUUUGGGGGUCCUGCAGGAUAAAGACCUCUUCUCUGUUUUUGCUGACCCAGCCAUGUUGGACACACUCAUCCCGAGCCACCCCGCCUUGGUGAAUGCCAUCGUCCUGGUCCUCCAUUCUGUGGCAGGCAGCGCCCCCUUGCCCACCGCAGAGACUUCCUCGCGCAGCAGCAUGCCUUCCAGCUCCUACCGCGACAUGCCGGGAGGGUUCCUUUUUGAAGGCCUCUCUGAUGAUGAAGAUGACUUCCAUCAGAGCACAAGGACCACGCCAUCCAGCAGCACCUCUGGAUCCCGGCCGGCGUCUCUUGGCUACACCGGCGCCGCGGGGCCUCGGCCCAUCACGCAGAGCGAGUUGGCCACAGCCCUCGCCUUGGCCAGCACCCCAGAGAGCAGCUCACACACCCCAACGCCUGGAACGCAGGGCCAUUCUUCCGGCACGUCUCCCAUGUCCUCUAGCGUCCAGUCGGGAACACCCAUCACCAAUGACCUCUUCAGCCAGGCCUUACAACAUGCCCUCCAGGCGUCAGGACAGCCUAACCUUCAGAGCCAGUGGCAGCCUCAGCUUCAGCAGCUGCGAGACAUGGGCAUCCAUGACGAUGAGCUGAGCCUCCGCGCCCUGCAGGCCACCGGGGGGGACAUCCAGGCUGCCCUGGAGCUCAUCUUUGCGGGAGGAGCCCCUUAGCCAUCCCCAAGGCCUCUCCCCCCCCAUCCCGCAGGAGGCGAUCGUGUGCAUCCAAGCCAGCCCUUCGACGCGUGUCCCCUCCCCAUUCUCCGGCGUGCACUUCCUCAUGUUGUCCAAAGUCCAGAACAUUGUGUUCAUCUCCUGGCCUCCGGACGACGGCCGUUUGCAUCGGGGAGCUCCGAACAUCGGACUGCAGCUUAGCAAAACGGGCCGCCUUAAAACGGGGAACGUUCCAGGAUCAGCAUUUUGUCGGCUGCUCCAGAAAUGACCCCAGCUUUGCCCCCUCCCAAAAAGGCUUCCUUGAUAACGUCAAGAAUGCACUCGUUUUUCCCCCUCUUCCAUGUGGUGGUUUUAUUCGUGCUCUGGCCGAGAUCCCUUUGUGGUUUGCUGGACUCUUCAAACUGUCUCAUUAAAUCUGGUUUCCUCCA